GGAUGCAGAGACAUUCGCCCUGUUUGCAUGUGUGAAUCUGAAUGCAGACUGAGAGUAGACCUGGUUUAAUGUCAGAGUGAGGUGAAAAGCUAGUGUAAGUCUGCAAACAGAUUAGUUUAGCUGGCGAGUUAGAGACGAGCCCUCGUUCAGGGUUGGACUGCAGCUCUUUAUUUAUUCAUGCAACUUUAUCUGCUUAAUUGUAUCAUGAGGAGCCUACUUACUUACACAAUACAGUGUUUUGCAAAGGUAUUCGAAUCCCGUAAAAACACUUUAUAAUGGUACAGCCAAAAACUUUGUGCAACUUAAACCUAUCAAGACGUGGUUGUCCACCUAGACUUGGAUAGCGUUAAAAAGAGAAGCAACCAAAAGACGCAUGGCAAAUUGGACCCAGCAGGACGACGACGGUAAAAUUCUGCCUGAGCUCGGAUGAAAAACAUUUGCGUUGAACCAGGCCCUCGUGUUUUGAACGGUCAGAUUCAGGUUGCAAACCACAAAGACAAAAGUCCGACUGAGAAUCUGUUGCAAAACGUUGAAAUUGCUGACCACAGACGCUCUCCGUCCAAAAAAACUGAGGAUGAGCCACUUUUGCAAAGAAGAAUAAGCAACAGUUUCUCAAAAUAUGCAUUAAAAAAGAAUGUGAAAAAAAUUGACUUCAUGGUUCGGUUUUGCCAUACUUUGAGUUGAUCUGUAAAAUAAAAUCCCAUUUAAGUUUGCGUUUGUAAACCUGCAGCGAGGUCAAACCGUAUGAAGAUUUUUUUGCACAGCAUCUGAGGCAGGACCAUCUCACGCUGACACGGAUCCGCAGGGUGGAUCAGAUGUCUGCCCUGCCGGAUUCUCUGGAACUUAGUUACCUUUGCAGCUCUGCUGUUUGCUUUCAUUUAGAUGCUUGAGCGAUGCCAACAGCAAGGCUGAAGGAUGGAAAGCAUAAAAACCGGGAGCUGCUCUCUGCGGUUCCUGACCCGUGUUUGUUUUUUGUUUUUUUUCUGAGCUGAUCUUUGCGUGUAACAUGAGCGGCAAGACGCUGGCACGCUGUUCCUCCUGUGUUACAGUACAGAUGGCUCCGGACAGGAUGUAAAUAUGAGCUCUGAGAAAGAGAAGCCGGUUGUCGUCUCUCAUCGAGAGCGAGGCCAUCAGGGCAACAAGCAGCCGCUCUCCUCUCUGCUUCCUCUGCCUCCUCUUCACUCGGCGUCUCCUGGCUCAGUCGGCCCUCCGUCAGAUCAGGUCUUUCUCCAGGCAGCGGCCAUCUUUCAGCGGCUUCGCAGAGAGAAGCCGGAGCCUCGACAGCUUCUGCGGUAUGAAAACAGGACCGACACGCUACCACUCAACAGCAGCGACGACAAGGCCACACAAAAACAAGCCUACCAGCUCGCUUUCAACACCCUCAAAUACCAAGAUUUACUGGAGGCCGUGAUUUCUGACAGCUUCUUCCACAAAUCUCAGAACAUCUGCAGCGACUUGUUGCCAUUGGCAAUGGUGAUGCUGUAUGACUUCCAGGACAGGAGGUUUUUGCUUCGUCGACGUCCAGCUGAAGGAGAGCAGGUGGUUGUCGCCGAAGUCAGAGACCUGGAGAAAAGCCUUCAGAGAUGGAAGAUCAAACUCGCUGCGUCACUGGCCCGCUUCAGGGUGAAACACAGCCUGCAGAGCGUCUCCCGUUUCCUGUCUGAUUCCCUCCGAACCAAAGAGCGCAGGGCCAAAUCCUUACCGUUCUACGCAUGGGUCAACACUUUAAACACCAGUCUUGAUGAAAUGUGCGAAAUCUUACGAAGUGCCAACCUCAGUGAAGUGAAGAACAUGGCUGACCUCACGGGUUCAACGUUUUCCAAGGACCCUCUCUGUCCAGACACUCUCGUUUUCUCCCGCAGCCUCUGCAAACCUCUUCAGAGCAGCGCCCUCGCUGCCACACAUGUGGUAAACAUCCAGGACAGGAGUGUGUGUUUGGCCGUGAGCGUGUCACGGCCAGUCCUGUUUGAUAAAGGGGACGUCCUGGUGGCGGGCUCCUUCUCGGCUCUGACCGUGGCUCACGUAGCCGUUGCGGCCGCCGCUCGGUCGGGCCGAGUUCUGGUGUGCGGCGCCGACCACGCUCCUGUGCGGACGGAAGAGAUGAAGAAUCUGCUCUCUCAGAUGGGAAUCAAAAAUGUCAGAGUCCUGCCAGCAGCUUUCUGCGGUCUGAACGAGUGGGACAGCGCUGUGCACAGGUUAAAGGUCAUCGUAGUUUUGCCUCAGUGUUCGUCCUCUGCCCUCAAUGACCCAGUCGCCACAAUGCACACUGAGCAUGGAGACUGGAACCUGCUGCCAGAUUUAUCCCACGGCUCGAUUUCCAAAAGCAAAAUCUUGUCUCUGACCACCCAGCAGGCCCGGCUGCUGGCUCACGCGUUGUCCUUUCCAAAGGUCCAGACGGUGGUCUACUGCACACGCUCAGUGUGCCCUGAGGAAAACGAGCAGCUGGUCGGAAGAGUGUUGGAGAAAACACACACUCACCCCAAACUGUUGCCAUUCAGGGUGAAUGGGCCUGUUUUCCCCGAUGACUCCGCUUCAGGGGACGAAACCGACUCCAGGUUCUUCAGGCUCCAUCCCUCUCCGUUCACCAACGGCUGCUUCAUAGCCAGACUGUCACGGCAGGUGGAUCCCACAAAGGUGGAAUCGGUUCAGGAUGUGUUGGCAAGGGCGGCAGCGAAGGGUCUCUUGGGCGGCAUAAUUCCUGAACCAUCAAAACCUGCGAAGAAGAGCAAAAGGAAGAAGAAACGAGUCGCUUCGAGCACCAGCAGGCCUUCAUCUCCCUCCAGCCAGGAGGAGCCUGAGGCAGCAGAGAUCAGUGAUGGAGUAGAUCCUGCUUCACCUUCAGAAGACGAAGAAAAAGAGGAAGGAGAAAAUGAAGGUGAAGAAAAUGAGGCUGAAGGAAAGGACAGUAAGACCAAGUCGGAGAAGAAGAAAAAACGAAAAAGCAAAAGAAAUCAGAAACGGAGCAGAGGCGAUGCAGCAGGCGUGAAAAAUCAAGCAAAAGGGCAAAAGAAGAAAGCAAAGAGAAAAGUAAAUCCAUCUCAGCACAGCAAACCGAGGCGGAUACCACGUCUUACGCUGACCUUAAUGUCUGCUGAAAAACCCUCCAGACACUUGUCUCCAAUCACAGCUCUUGCACACAAGAUCAGCGGAAAACCAGUAAAGAAGCUGCAGGAGGGCUCAGCUCUAGUCCUAGAAAAAGAUCUCUCACAUGCUCAGUCUGCUCCUCAGUCGGCCUCCGAGAGGAAAAACAUCCAACAAGAGGAGGAAGAGAGGAACCUGGAGAAACAGAGGAGCCAAUCUGGGAACGUGAGGAAAGCACAGGGAGCGCCGACGGCUGCAGGUCACAUCCUGCCGCCAAUCUCUUCCCCGAGCGGCUCUGUCGCCCGUCCGCAGUCUGCGACCUCCGACCCACAGUUAGCAUAGUCAUCCUCAGCCUCUGAGUGAUUUCUAAAAAAAAUAAAAAAAUAGACACACACACAUACAUACACUGUCAAUCACACAGUUGUCUGACUUCAGAAAAUACUCUCCAGCCUUCAGGACCUCAACGUCUUGUUAUACAACUGAUGCUCUCCAGCAGAAAAUCCUACAACAAAAUGUUCGACAGUUCAUCAUUCCUCUCUGCUGUCACCACAUGCUUGCUCAGGAGGAGCGAUCGCUGCAAAAGUCAGUGACUGAAUGGAAUUAAACUUGAACGAAGAACUGGUCCUCAUUUUAUUACAACGGGACCCAAAUGCUGCAUGAUUGAAUCUGAAUCUGCUGAUGUAAGCAGAUGUGGAUCUGUCUGCCUUUUAAAGUGGAUUGUUGUGGUGACAUUUGUUGUGAACUUGGACUAAAUAAAUAAUUAUUUUUAAGUUCAUUUUAGACUUCAGCAUUUUUCCUGAUUAUUUUUAUGAAUCCCUGAAAGAGGUGCGGUACAACCCAAGCAGGCUACUAGUCCAUCACAGAAGAAAAAAAAAAAAACAACAAAGGCGUCAUCCUGCAUGCCGAGGACUGAGCCAGUCAUCAAAAUAUUCAGAUCUCAAGACUAACAGACGGAUCAACCUUUUUAUAUUUUGACAAUAGAAGGUAACAAGAGCAACUUUUACCGCUAUUAUUGUCAAACGUAGGCACCAGUUUAUUUUUCACAGAUUUCUAAAAUCAUCUUUCAAAUGUACUUUUCAAUGAAAAGAGAUUAAAGAGGAAAAAUGUAA